AUGUCUGAGCAAAGACAACGGAAAGUUAGAAGCAGAAAAUCUAUUCAAAAGGGUGGAGCUGUUACAGUUGAACAAGCACGGAAGAAGAUUCAUACGAAGAUAGUAAAGGAGCAAGAGAGAGAAGAAGCAAGAGAGAGAAGAGAGAGAAAGCGCAUGGUUAACCUUGAGUAUAAGCUGCAGCUCCGUGCUGGCAUUGAUGCACGGAGAGCGGAACGGGUACGGAAAAGGGAAUUACUUGAAUUCCAAAGGAGUAACCCAGACACCGAGCUACCAAGGGAGUUACUCGAAGUAAUCAUAGACCCUGAAAUUCGUCUUACAACUCACGAAACAGACCCAUGUUUCCCACCUAUAACACGGGUCCCACGGGGGAGGCUAAAGAAGGAGAGGUUCUGGAAGGAGGACCCGGAGGAGAGUUGGGAGGGGAGAGGGAGCUUCUGGUGUUGGGCGCUGCUCUACUUGAGGGGUCUACUUGUGAGCAGGGCCACAAUACGAGAAGCUGCUGGUGCCCGCAUGAGUAGGGCGCUUUCAUGA